AUGAAAGCAGAACUGGGAAGAAACACUCCUGGAAUCCCACUCCAAAACCAUAGUCUCUUUAGUGGCCCUCAAAGCUCAAUACUCUCUGGAGCCCUUAAAGGAUGCUUAGGCAGCCUAGACGGAGCAUGCAUAGAGAAACUCUUGCUUCAUUGUGCAAGUGCCCUCGAAAACAAUGAUGUUACUUUGGCUCAACAAGUUAUGUGGGUGCUUAACAACGUCGCAUCUCCGGUCGGCGAUCCGAAUCAAAGGCUAGCCUGGUGGUUUCUGAGGGCGCUUAUCUCAAGAGUCGGGAGUUUAUGUCCAACAUCGAUGAAUUUGAACCGGAGUAGUAUAACUUCUCCGGCACAAAGGCGACUAAUGACGGUAACGGAGCUCGCCGGGUACGUUGACCUAAUCCCUUGGCACAGAUUUGGGUUUUGUGCAUCAAAUAGUGCCAUUUCUAAGGCCAUCCAAGGUUACAACAAAGUUCAUAUUAUAGAUUUCAGCGUAACUCAUUGUAUGCAAUGGCCAACCCUUAUUGAUGCGCUUGCUAAAAGGUCUGAAGGGCCGCCUUCGGUUCGGAUCUCGGUGCCUUCUUGGCGUCCACAAGUCCCUCCUUUGCUUAAUGUUACAAGUGAAGAAGUUGGCCAACGUUUGGGAAAUUUCGCAAAGUUUAAAGAUGUCCCUUUUGAGUUUCAUGUCUUCGGAGAAGAAGAUCAAACACUAAGUUUUUCAUCCUCUUCCCCAUGCAACUCGCACUUUGACUUGCUUUUGAAUCAACUCAAUCCUUCAAUGCUGAAUCUCAAGGAGGAUGAGGCUUUAGUGAUUAACUGCCAAAAUUGGAUCCGUUAUUUGCCUAUGAAUGAAGGAAGUGUCUUGCCGGAUUCUCAUGAGAUCAUAUCGUGUCGGGAUAUAUUUUUUGACACGAUUAAGGGUUUAAAUCCAUGCAUUAUAACCGUAGUUGACGAGGAUUCGGAUUUAGGUGCAUUAAGCCUCACAUCAAGAAUCACUACAUGUUUUAAUUAUUUAUGGAUCCCUUUUGAUGCUUUGGAAACCUUCUUGUCUAAGGACAAUACCCAAAGGAUUGAAUACGAGGCCGAUAUUGGUCACAAAAUCGAGAACAUCAUUGCAUUUGAAGGUACUCAGAGGAUUGAAAGGCUGGAAUCGGGGAUCAAGUUUUCGCAACGGAUGCAAAACAACGGCUUUUCGAGCGUUCCAUUUGGUGAGGAUACCAUUAGUGAAGUUAAAUUCUUGCUGGAUGAACAUGCUAGUGGCUGGGGAAUGAAGAAAGAAGAUGACAUGUUGGUUUUAACAUGGAAGGCGCUAGUCGAUAUGUAUGCAAAGUGUAAGGCUCUUGAGGAUGCCAAAACGCUGUUUGAUAGAAUGGCUGACAGGGACCUCGUUACGUGGACGGUCAUGAUUGGUGCACAUACUGAAUGUGUAACUGCAAAUGAAGCUAUUGAAUUGUUCGAACGAAUGCUAGAGGAAGGUGUUUCCCCGGAUAAUGUUGCCGUGGUUAACAUUGUUAAUGCGUGUGCCAAAUUAGGAGCUAUGCACAAGGCUAGGCUUGUGCACGAUUAUAUAUUGAGCAAGAAACUUAGUUUUAGUGUGGUUCUGGGGACUACCAUGAUUGAUAUGUAUGCCAAGUGUGGGAGUGUGGACGAGGCAAGAAGAAUAUUUGAUCAAAUGAGAGUAAAAAAUGCUGUAACUUGGAGCGCAAUGAUUGCAGCUUGUGGAUAUCACGGGCGUGGUAAGGAGGCUCUUGAAUUGUUCUCUAUGAUGUUGUCAACUGGUGUGCAACCUAAUAGCAUUACUUUAGUGUCCCUAUUAUAUUCCUGUAGUCACUCAGGUAUGGUUGAAGAUGGACUUAAACUCUUCUCGUCGAUGCAUCAAGAUUUUGGUGUUAGUCCUGAUGUGAAACAUAUUACUUGUAUGGUUGAUCUGUUGGGUCGCGCCGGGAAACUUGAUGAGGCAUUGAAUUUGAUUGAAAAUAUGUCAAUUAAAAGGAUGAAGGGCUUUGGGGAGCUUUCCUUGGGGCAUGUCGAAUACAUGGCCAUGUUGAACUUGCAAAAAAGGCAGCUAGAUCUCUUCUUGAAUUGCAACCUGAAAACCCUGGCCACUACGUAUUACUCGCUAAUAUAUACGCCAGAGCAGGCCAGUGGAAAGAUGUUUCUCGGAUUGGAGGUAACUUAA